UCGAGUUCAGCCUUUAAGUUGCAGCCGCCGGAAAGUCUACCCUCAGAAGAAGAGCAACUGCCCUCUGGACAUAGUUCCUGUGGGUGGUGGGACUUGUUGAGGGCCACAGAGGCUCCAGGGACUGACCCAGCCUGCGGGGAGAGGGCUGGAGAGGGCCAGAGGACCUCGCAGGGCGCGGGCCACCGUCGGGGCUUUUGCCAGGCAGGGGCGCUGAUCUGGGCUCCUAGAUUCCGUGGACCCUGCGAGUGCCCGCGUUGAUUUCGCUCGCUGUCCCCUCAUCCGCCAGGUGACCCAAGCCUUAUCCCCGGCAUCUGUUGGGGUGACCUCGACUGUGCACACUUCUGAUUCUGUUUCUCAAGAUUACCCUCUCCGUCCCUGAAAGUCUGGCGCGAACUGCAGGUACCAGGCUGUAGCCCCGACGACCUGUGGUCUCUGCAGAGAGCGGCUUUUGGAGAGAAGGGCUGGUAUCCGAGCUGCCUUCUAUCCCGGUGGCCUCCAUGCUCCUGUCAUGUUUAACAGGACUAGCGGCUGGAAUAGUCUUCCUGCAUUUCUUGCAGAAACUCCUGUUCCCUUACUUCUGGGACGAUUUCUGGUUCCUGCUGAAGGUGGUACGCUAUGGAAUUCGGAUGGAGAAGUACGUCCUGAAAGGGGAGCUGUUCACAGUCCUGGAUAAAUUCCUGAGUCUUGCCAAGAAGCAGCCCCAGAAACCUUUCAUCAUCUAUGAGGGGGACAUCCACACCUAUCAGGAUGUAGACAAAAGGAGUAGCAGAGUGGCUCACGUCUUUCUGAACCAUUCCACGCUGAAAAGGGGGGACACCGUGGCUCUUCUGAUGAGCAAUGAGCCUGACUUCGUCCACGUGUGGUUCGGCUUGGCCAAACUGGGCUGCGUGGUGGCCUUCCUCAAUUCCAACAUUCGCUCCAACUGCCUGCUGCACUGUAUCCGCAGCUGUGAGCCCCGGGCUCUCGUUGUAGGCGCAGAUCUGCUUGAAACUGUAGAAGAAAUCCUUCCAAGCCUCCCAGAAGGUAUCACCAUUUGGGGGAUGAGCGAUUCUGUUCCACAGGGCAUAACUUCACUCAAAGAAAAACUAAGCACGGCAUCUGACAGGCCCGUGCCCCGCAGCUACCAUGUGGCUUCAAGUCUCAAGUCUCCUCAUCUUUAUAUUUUUACAUCCGGAACUACAGGUCUACCAAAAGCAGCUAUAAUCAGUCAGCUGCAGUCUUUAAAGGGUUCUGCUGGCUUGUGGGGUUUCGGUUGUACUGCUAAUGACAUCAUUUAUAUAACUCUUCCUCUGUAUCAUAGUUCAGGAUCUCUUGUGGGAAUUGGUGGAUGUAUUGAGUUGGGAGCUACUUGUGUGUUGAAGAAGAAAUUCUCAGCAAGUCAAUUUUGGAAUGACUGCAGAAAGUAUAAUGUGACUGUGUUUCUAUAUAUUGGAGAACUUUGUCGCUAUCUUUGCAAACAACCCAAGAGAGAAGGUGAAAAAGAUCAUCAAGUGCGUUUGGCAGUUGGAAAUGGCGUACGGAGUGAUGUAUGGAGGGAAUUUUUAGACAGAUUUGGAAAUAUUAAGAUGUGUGAGCUUUAUGGAGCUACUGAAGGAAACAUUAGUUUCAUGAAUUACACUGGAAAAAUAGGAUCCGUCGGGAGAACAAAUUUCUUUCACAAACUUCUUUUCAGUUAUGACUUGCUAAAGUAUGAUUUUCAGAAAGAUGAACCCAUUAGAAAUGAACAGGGCUGGUGUAUUCGUGUGAAGAAAGGAGAACCUGGGCUGCUCAUUUGUCAAGUGAAAAAGAAGAACCCCUUCUUUGGUUAUGCUGGGAGUAAGAAACACACAGAGAAGAAACUGCUUUGUGAUGUUUUUAAGAAGGGAGAUGUUUACUUUAACACAGGAGACUUAAUGGUGCAAGAUCAGGACAAUUUCUUUUAUUUCUGGGACCGUACUGGAGACACUUUCAGGUGGAAAGGAGAAAAUGUUGCCACCACAGAGGUUGCUGACGUUAUUGGAAUGUUGGAUUUUAUACAGGAGGCAAACGUCUAUGGGGUAACGGUGCCAGAUUAUGAAGGAAAAGCAGGAAUGGCUUCUGUUACUUUAAAACCAAAUAAGUCUCUGGACUUGGAGAAGGUUUAUGAACAAGUUGUAACAUUCUUACCAGCUUAUGCCUGCCCACGAUUUUUAAGAAUUCAGGAGAAGAUGGAAACAACAGGGACAUUCAAACUUCAGAAGUUUCAAUUGAUGGAAGAAGGAUUUAGUCCAUUGAAAAUUUCUGACCCACUUUAUUUCAUGGAUAACUUGAAAAAAUCUUAUGUUCCACUGACCAAAGAACUUUAUAAUCAAAUAGUGUUAGGGAAGGUCAAACUUUAAGAAUUUUUACACAUGGGAUUUUCAUAUGUUUUCUUAGGAGAAGUGAGAGGAAAGUGUCUGAUUCUUUAACAUGAUACAGGAGGAGGAAAUGGAUAUUAACUAACAUAUGCUGUGUUUUCUUAAUUUGCAACAACUUUUUUCUAAGUAGGAACUUUCAUUUGUUUUAGACCGUAACAAACUUCAGUUGAUUAUUUGUUAUCUAUCUGGGGGUUCACUACAUAACCAAAUAUUUGCUUCAGUCAUAAAGAUUCUAAAUAAUCAGU